AUGAAAGGAGAAGUGGGCAGUGGUAAGAAAGGAGAAGUGGGCAGUGGUAAGAAAGGGGAAGUGGGCAACGGUAUGAAAGGAGAAGUGGGCAGUGGUAAGACAGGAGAAGUGGGCAGUGGUAAGAAAGGGGAAGUGGGCAGUGGUAAGAAAGGAGAAGUGGGCAGUGGUAAGAAAGGGGAAGUGGGCAACGGUAUGAAAGGAGAAGUGGGCAGUGGUAAGAAAGGAGAAGUGGGCAGUGGUAAGAAAGGGGAAGUGGGCAACGGUAUGAAAGGAGAAGUGGGCAGUGGUAAGACAGGAGAAGUGGGCAGUGGUAAGAAAGGGGAAGUGGGCAGUGGUAAGAAAGGAGAAGUGGGCAGUGGUAAGAAAGGAGAAGUGGGCAGUGGUAAGAAAGGAGAAGUGGGCAGUGGUAAGAAAGGAGAAGUGGGCAGUGGUAAGAAAGGAGAAGUGGGCAACGGUAUGAAAGGAGAAGUGGGCAGUGGUAAGACAGGAGAAGUGGGCAGUGGUAAGAAAGGGGAAGUGGGCAGUGGUAAGAAAGGGGAAGUGGGCAGUGGUAAGAAAGGGGAAGUGGGCAGUGGUAAGAAAGGAGAAGUGGGCAGUGGUAAGAAAGGAGAAGUGGGCAGUGGUAAGAAAGGAGAAGUGGGCAGUGGUAAGAAAGGGGAAGUGGGCAGUGGUAAGAAAGGUGGUAAGAAAGGGGAAGUGGGCAGUGGUAAGAAAGGGGAAGUGGGCAGUGGUAAGAAAGGAGAAGUGGGCAGUGGUAAGAAAGGAGAAGUGGGCAGUGGUAAGAAAGGAGAAGUGGGCAGUGGUAAGAAAGGGGAAGUGGGCAGUGGUAAGAAAGGGGAAGUGGGCAGUGGUAAGGAAGGGGAAGUGGGCAGUGGUAAGAAAGGGGAAGUGGGCAGUGGUAAGAAAGGGGAAGUGGGCAGUGGUAAGAAAGGAGAAGUGGUCAGUGGUAAGAAAGGAGAAGUGGGCAGUGGUAAGAAAGGAGAAGUGGGCAGUGGUAAGAAAGGGGAAGUGGGCAGUGGUAAGAAAGGGGAAGUGGGCAGUGGUAAGAAAGGAGAAGUGGGCAGUGGUAAGAAAGGGGAAGUGGGCGGUGGUAAGAAAGGAGAAGUGGGCAGUGGUAAGAAAGGGGAAGUGGGCAGUGGUAAGAAAGGGGAAGUGGGCAGUGGUAAGAAAGGGGAAGUGGGCAGUGCUGCAACUGUCCCCCAUCCUGUUGUCUAUGCUGCAUCUGGGCCCCUACCAUUUGGGCACCGGGGCCAAAGGCUCCUUCAUCACCACCCUGGUGGAGAUUACUCCCUCAUCCUCACCUACUUCUACAGCCACCUCAAAGGAAAAUGA